UUAAUUUUGAACAUUGAGAAGAAAGACACGCAAGGAAGAGAACGAACCGAGAGACGUGGGUCACUCGUCGUCCGCCUCAUCGAUCCAAAUUUAUUUCCAUUCAUCGUUGAAUUCGAUGCGGAUUCUUGAUUUGGGAGACGAUCGAUUCAUCUUCCCGUAGGUUUGGCGCAUGUAUUUGUCGUGAAACUUUUAGGGAUUUGGUGUCCGUUUCGGAGUUAGGAAGACGGUUAGGGUUGGCUGUUCUCGUCAUGGCCUCCAUAGAUUUGGGAGCACUCGUGGAGGCGAAAUCUUUUCAUCGAUCUGCCCCGUAACUAUUGUGGCUGAUACUAUAAGCUGCUGCUGCUGCCCAAAAACUUUAUAAAGAUGGCUGCUUCUGCAUUAAAGGCCAUGGCUGAGAGGGCGGUGCCUUCUGUGCGUAAGCAGGCCCUGACUUUGACAGAUGCUGCUGCUGCUAGGAUACACCACCUCCUUAACCUCCGUCAGCGCCCAUAUCUUAGGCUUGGUGUCAAGGCCCGUGGUUGCAAUGGUUUAUCGUACACCCUCAAUUAUGCUGAUGAGAAAGGGAAAUUUGAUGAACUUGUGGAGGAAAAGGGUGUCAGGAUAUUAAUUGAUCCAAAAGCUCUCAUGCAUGUAAUUGGAACCAAGAUGGACUUUGUUGAUGAUUCACUAAAGUCAGAGUUCAUUUUUAUCAAUCCUAAUUCAAAAGGGCAAUGUGGUUGCGGCGAAUCCUUUAUGACAACAAGCAGCACUCAAAAUACCAAAUCUGGUGGUACAUAAUAUUUUUAGGGCGAGUCCAAUUAGGCAUUUGCUGCAAUUGUCAGACAAUUUGAUAUUUCUUAUAAUUUAACACGGAGACAACAUGAUAUGAAGGUACAAAUAUGGCACUGAUAAAACCAUUUCUUCUGCUAAGAUCAAACAUUUCACUGUGGAUUAUCACAAUCAGCAACUCUUUUGUUGGAGCAAGCCUUGUGCAACAGCAGUACUGCAAUGUUGUAUUCUCUGCAUGUGUGGUCAGAGAUUUUUUUUUAGUCUGCUUGUAAGCACUUUGACGUAUCUUGUAUGCAAUUCCAUUUUUGGAUGUGU